AUGCUACCCAUUCUUUCAAACCAGAAAAAUCAUGAAGCCUGGCCACAUUUUGUUUCACAGGACAUGGAACGACAUGUAGAAAUCAUGAAAAAUAAGACACAUGUUUUGAAUGGAAUUUUGUCAGGGCGAACGCUCCUUCCCAUUCCAACAGUUGCAACUGAGACAAUGAAUGAAAUGCAGGCUGAAAAUAAACGAGAUUCUUAUACAAGGUCAGUGCUACAUGCAAUAGAAUCCAUGAUUAUCAAGUGGUCUCAUCAAAUACGAGAAAUUGUCGAACAGAAUUCAGCUCAAACUCUUCUUUAUGGUUUUCUCCCGGAUCCACAAACUGAGCUCAAGUAUUGGAAGGAAAGAAAAGAUAACCUGUGUUAUAUAUAUAAGCAACUUCAGAGUCCUGUUGUUCAGAAAAUGAUUAGGAUCUUAAAAGCCAAGAACAGCAGCUAUUAUCCGAUUUCUCAAGACAUUUACAAGGAGGUAGAAAAUGCUCUUGUUGAAGCACAGGAUGUUGAACUGUAUUUGAGACCUCUGCAAGGACACAUUCAGCGUCUUCAGGAGACAGAAUUUCCAAACAUACCUACUUUAAUCCCCCCCUUAUUUCACACUAUUUGUCUGAUCUGGAGUCACUCUAAGUUUUACAGCAUGCCAGCAAGAAUCAUUGUUCUAUUGCAAGAAUUCUGCAAUCUGUUUAUUGACCAGGCUGUGUUGUAUCUUUCACCAGAAGAUCUUAUGAAAAGGGAACCUGAAGAAACUUUGGAAAACUUGAAAGAAGCUCUUAAUACUUUGAGGAGUUUUAGGGAUUCUUUCUUCAGUCAAAGAAAAAGAAUAGCAACUUACUUCAGUAACAGUCAAGAGAUUAAACCAUGGGAUUUUCAGCCACAGCUGGUAUUUUCCAGAUUUGAUAUGUUUCUAACCCGCUUAGAAAAAAUCGAGGAAAUUUUUGUUAUCAUGCUUGAUUUUGAAAAACUGGAAAAGCUGGAAUUUGGUGGAAUCAAGGGGAAAAAUUUGAAUGACCAAAUAUACAGGCUGAAUGAAGAAUUUAUGGAGUCAUGUAAAAAUUUUAAAGAGAGGACCUAUGAUGCCUUAGAUUUCAACAAUGUGGAAUUUGAUGAAGACUAUGUCCAUUUUAAAUACAAAAUUCUGGAGUUUGAAAGACGUCUUGGAGCAAUUUUUUGUGUGGGAUUCCUUGACUGCUCAGGUUUAGAAUCAGCAUUUAAGCUUUUAGCCAUUUUGGGACAUUUUCUGGAGAAACCUGUUAUUGCAGAUAUUUUUAGUCCAAAUUACAAAAUUUUACUGCAAAUGUUUGAUGAAGAGCUGUAUAAUUGCAAACACUUAUAUGAUGAGCACAUUAAGCAGGUGGAAGAGGGGACUGAAAUAAUAAAUAAAAACAUGCCAUAUACUUCUGGAAACCUUAAAUGGUCCCAAGAAAUUAAAAGCCGUAUACAGUCAUUUUGGUCAAACAUCUCAUUCUUUUCUCACCCAAUCUUGGAAAGCUCAGAAGGUGCUUUAAUCUAUCAGAAAUAUAGAGAGAUGUUGACCUUGCUUGACCAAUAUGAAGAGGAGAUCUAUUACAAAUGGAAAUCCAAUGUGGAUAAUAUUUGCCAGUUUAAUUUAGAUCAACCACUAAUUAAACGCAGGGAUAAAGAUGGUCUCCUUAGUGUGAAUUUUGAUCCGAAGCUGGUGGCUGUUUUAAGAGAUGUCAAAUACCUCUUGCUUUUGGGUCAGCCUGAUAUUCCAAAUUCUGCAUUAGAAAUGUAUAAGAAAAGAAGAACUUUUGAUAAGCACAUAGGAAAUCUUGAGCUUGUAGUACAGUGGUAUAACAAGGUUAAACAGACAGUCUUGGAGGUAGAAUACCCUCUGAUCGAAACAGAACUGAGGACAGUUGAUGAUCUGCUAAUGGAAGCUGAAGAAAUAUUCACAUGGCAAGAGGAGAACUGCUGGGAGUACAUUGCAUAUGUGAAAGUCACAGUUUAUGACUUGGAGCAAAGACUUCAAAGAUCAAAGGAUAAUAUUAAAGGCAUUCAACAAAUUAUGAAGGGUUGGGUGGAGCAGACCCUCUUUUGUAGAAAAGACAAUAAAAAGGAAGCUUUGUUGAACCUGGAAGACAAGGAAGAUAGGCUUUCUAAGAAAUUCAUGUCACUUCAAGAAGAUGGCUGUAAGAUCCAUACACUUACACAGGAAAACUUAAUGCUUUUAAAAGCAGACCCAGAUUCAGACUCCUGGAAGAUUUAUUUGGAGUUCAUUGAUGACAUCAUAGUUGAUGGGUUUUUUAAUGUCAUAAUGCACAAUUUAAACUUCUUCUUGGAAAAUACAGAAACAAGCUUGAAGACACUUCUGUUAUUCCAGGUUCAGAUGACACUAAAUGCUCCAUAUAUAACAUUCAAACCUUCGUUGGACAAAGAAGCUGGAGAUGGCUUUUAUGACCUAAUAGAUGAACUUUUAAGCAAUAUUUUCAAAAUGUCUGGCCAGGUGAAAAGAGUAGCCACACAUCUAGGAAUGCAACAUUAUCAGAAUGAUAUGGAAAGUAUGUUAGAGCUGUCGGAGACUCGGAAAGAGAUUAUGGACAGAGUGGCAGAUAUUAUUACCAAAGCUGUGGACUUCAAAAACACUUUUGAAGCUUAUGCAUAUCUGUGGGUAGAAGAUAGAUCAGAGUUUAUGAAACAAUUUCUUUUCUAUGGACAUAUGCUAACUUCUGGGGAAAAUGAAACUCACAUUGAUGUUGGCACAUCUGAUCAUCAUCCAAUAACUGGACAAUUUAAAGAGCAGAUUGACAUCUAUGAGAAUCUUUUCAUUCAAGUAAGCAAACUUGAAGAUUCCAGAAUUUUUGAAGGGUGGUUUAAAGUGGACAUGAAACCUUUCCUAGUUAGUUUGUUAAACAUUAUUAAGAAGUGGAGCUGGAUGUUCAAAGAAUACCUUUUGAGAUUUGUCAUUGACAGCCUAACUGACCUAGAAGAAUUCAUUAAAAUGACAGAUGCUGGGCUCCAAAAAGAAUUAAAGGAAGGAGAUUAUGAUGGUCUGGUAGAUGUCCUGGUUCACCUUCUUGCUGUGAGAGAGAGGCAAGCAACUACUGAUGAGCUUUUUGAGCCUCUAAAGGAUACUAUUGUACUCUUGGAAAGCUAUGGUCAGAAGAUGCCAGAUCACGUUUAUGUUCUCGUAGAGGAACUGCCUGAAAGAUGGAACACCACCAAAAAACUUGCUGUGUCUAUAAAGCAUGAAGUGGCUCCUCUUUUGACUUCUGAGGUCACGCUUCUCAGAAAAAAAUGUGCAGCUUUUGAUGGAAAGCAGAUAGGAUUCAGAGAAAGAUUUAGAGUGGAUGCUCCCUUUCGCUUUGAUGCCAGAAACCCAUAUGCACUUCUUGAUAAGGCAAAUAGGGAAUUGGAGGCACUGGAGGAAGAAAUGUCACACAUAAAGGAAUCUGCCAACCUUUUUGAAGUGGCAAUUCCAGAUUACAAGCAAAUGAAACAAUGCCGCAAGGAGAUGCAACUGCUCAAGAGAGUGUGGGAUAUUAAUAUUUAUGUUACUAGUGCCAUUAAUGAUUGGACCAAAAGCCACUGGAGAGAGAUUAGUAUGGAACAGAUGGAAGUAGAACUCAGAAGGUUUGCCAAGGAAAUGUGGUCAUUGGCUAAAGAAGUUCGCUCCUGGAAUGUAUACAUAGGUUUAGAGCUAACAAUAAAGAACAUGAUGACAUCACUGAGGGUUAUAACAGAGCUGCAGAAUCCUGCAAUGAGAGAUAGACACUGGUAUCAACUGAUGGGUGCAAUAGGUGUUCAGUUUUCAAUAAACAAACAUACAACAUUAGCUGAAUUGCUGGCACUGAAGCUCCAUAAGUUUGAAGAUGAUAUUCGAAGUGUUGUUGACAAAGCAGUGAAAGAGCUAGGCACUGAAAAGAUUCUCAUAGAAAUCAAUCAAAUAUGGGCUACCAUGGAGUUUUCUUAUGAAGAGCAUUACAGGACCAAUAUUCCUUUGCUGAAAGCUGAUGAACAGCUUUUUGAGACUUUAGACAGUAACCAAGUUCAGCUGCAAACAAUUCUACAGAGCAAAUACAUUGAAUAUUUCAUUGAACAAGUCUUAAGCUGGCAGAAAAAGCUGAAUGUGGCAGACACAGUCAUUUUCAUUUGGAUGGAAGUUCAGCGCGCAUGGUCUCAUCUAGAAACCAUUUUCAUUGGCUCGCAUGAUAUUAGAGAUCAGCUUCCUGAAGAUGCAAAGCGAUUUGAUGGCAUUGAUUCAGAUUUUAAGGAAUUAAUGAAGAUUUCAGCAAAUACAAAAAAUGUAUUGGAAGCAACAACAAAACCCAAUUUAUAUGAAAAACUUGAAGAUCUGCAACACAGACUUUCCCUUUGUGAAAAAGCCCUUGCUGAAUAUUUAGAAACCAAACGUUUAGCCUUUCCUCGGUUCUAUUUUGUUUCAUCUGCUGAUCUCCUUGACAUUCUUUCAAAGGGAGCCCAGCCAAAACAGGUGACCUGCCAUCUUAUUAAACUUUUUGACAAUACUGCUGAUCUUAAAUUUCAAGACAACAAAGAGAAAUCCAGGAAUACUGCAUUAGGGAUUUAUAGCAAAGAAAAGGAAUAUGUCCCAUUCAACAGAGAAUUUGAGUGUGUUGGUCAGGUGGAAACGUGGUUAAAACGCCUUGAAGAAACCAUGUGUGAAACAGUUCGUCAUCACAUUGCUGAAGCUGUUGGUCUAUAUGAAGAAAAGUCCAGAGAACAGUGGAUUUUUGACUACCCAGCUCAAAUAGCACUCACGGGCUCUCAAAUCUGGUGGACCACAGAUGUGGGAAUAGCAUUCAGCAGGCUGGAAGAAGGGUAUGAAACAGCUUUGAAGGAUUACAAUAAAAAACAGAUCACUCAGCUAAAUGCUCUUAUCGCUCUCUUGUUGGGAGAGCUCACAUCCAGUGACAGACAAAAGAUUAUGACUAUAUGUACAAUAGAUGUUCAUGCAAGAGAUGUGGUGUCAAAGCUUGUUGCUCAGAAGAUCACUAGUUCCCAAGCUUUUGCUUGGCUAUCACAGCUACGUCAUAGAUGGGAUGGGGCCCAGAAGCACUGCUUUGCCAACAUAUGCGAUGCUCAGUUCCAGUACUGCUAUGAAUACCUGGGAAAUACCCCAAGGCUAGUCAUUACGCCUUUGACUGACAGGUGCUACAUUACUCUGACCCAGUCUCUCCACUUGACAAUGAGUGGCGCUCCGGCAGGUCCAGCUGGGACAGGCAAAACAGAGACCACCAAGGAUUUGGGCCAUGCCCUUGGAAUGAUGGUCUAUGUCUUCAACUGUUCAGAACAGAUGGAUUACAAGUCCAUAGGAAACAUCUAUAAAGGUUUGGUCCAGACAGGAGCUUGGGGAUGCUUUGAUGAAUUUAACCGAAUUUCAGUAGAAGUUCUUUCUGUUGUGGCAGUACAAGUAAAGACUAUCCAUGAUGCAAUCAGAAAUAAGAAAAAGGAAUUUUUAUUCCUUGGAGAAAAUAUUACACUGAAGCCAUCUGUUGGAAUAUUUAUUACUAUGAACCCAGGCUAUGCUGGUCGAACAGAAUUACCUGAAAAUCUUAAAGCUCUUUUCAGACCCUGUGCAAUGGUUGUCCCUGACGUUGAACUAAUCUGUGAAAUUAUGCUGGUUGCUGAGGGGUUUGUUGAUGCACGCUUGUUAGCUAGGAAGUUUAUCACCUUGUAUAACCUCUGUGGAGAGCUUCUGUCUAAACAGGAUCAUUAUGACUGGGGUCUCCGUGCUGUUAAAUCUGUCUUGGUAGUUGCCGGCUCCCUGAAGCGAGAAGACAAAACUAGACCUGAAGAUCAAGUACUUAUGCGAGCCUUAAGGGACUUCAACUUGCCUAAGAUAGUGACAGAUGAUAGCCCAAUUUUCAUGGGCCUAAUCAGUGACCUAUUUCCAGCUCUGGAUGUUCCGAGGAAGAGGGACCUGCAAUUUGAACAGAUGGUUAAACAAUCUACCCUGGAGCUUCGCUUGCAGCCUGAGGAGAGCUUUAUUCUCAAAGUUGUUCAGCUUGAGGAGUUGCUGGCAGUGCGUCACUCUGUCUUCGUAGUUGGCAAUGCAGGCACGGGAAAAAGCGAGAUUCUGAGAACGCUGAGCAGGACUUACAUAAACAUGAAGCUGAAGCCUGUUUGGAAUGAUCUGAACCCUAAAGCUGUGACUACUGAUGAGCUCUUUGGUUUUAUACAUCAGGCUACUCGGGAAUGGAAAGAUGGUCUGUUUUCAUCUCUUUUGAGAGAGCAAGCUAAUAUUACCCAUAGUGGGCCAAAAUGGAUUGUCUUAGAUGGGGACAUAGACCCUAUGUGGAUUGAAUCUCUCAAUACUGUUAUGGAUGAUAACAAGGUGCUGACUCUUGCUAGCAGUGAACGGGUUCCUCUGACUCCAUCAAUGAGACUGCUGUUUGAGAUACACCAUUUAAAAAUGGCUACUCCAGCUACAGUAUCUAGAGCAGGUAUUUUAUACAUAAACCCUCAGGAUCUUGGUUGGAAUCCUUACGUUGCAAGCUGGAUAGAAAGAAGGAGUUAUCAAUCUGAAAAAGCCAAUUUGACUAUUCUCUUUGAUAAAUAUGUUCCUCCAUGCUUAGAUCAACUCAAAACAAAUUUUAAAACAAUCAUACCUAUCACUGAGAACAGCAUGGUUCAGACACUCUGUUCUCUCCUUGACUGUUUGCUGACCCCUGAAAAUGUGUCUCUUGAUUGUCCAAGAGAACUGUAUGAGACAUACUUUGGUUUUGCUUGUGUGUGGGCAUUUGGUGGGGCACUCUUUCAAGAUCAGCUUUCCAAUUAUCAGGAAGAAUUCAGUCGCUGGUGGCAGAAAGAGAUGAAAGUUGUAAAGUUUCCCUCCCAUGGUACAAUCUUUAAUUAUUAUAUUGACCCAAAGACUAAGAGAUUUGCGCCCUGGAGUGACAAAAUGGUCAGUAUUGACCUAGAUCCAGAUACACCCUUGCAGGCAGUCCUUGUUCACACAUCUGAGACCACAUGUCUCAAAUAUUUUACUGAUUUGCUCUUGGAGAAAAGUAAGCCUGUGAUGCUAGUUGGAAAUGCUGGAGUGGGGAAAACCGUAUUUAUUGAGGAAUGUCUUGCUGGCCUCUCUGAGGAUUUUACUGUGUCCAAAGUUCCCUUCAACUAUUACACGACAUCAGCUGUGCUACAAAGGAUUCUUGAGAAACCCUUGGAGAAAAAAGCUGGCCGUAACUACGGUCCCAUUGGAAAUAAGAAGUUGAUUUAUUUUAUUGAUGAUAUGAACAUGCCUGAAGUGGAUGUGUAUGGAACAAUUCAGCCUCACACACUGAUUCGACAACAUUUAGAUUAUGGACACUGGUAUGAUAGGCAGAAAUUAACUGUAAAGGAAAUUCAUAAUUGUCAGUAUGUUGCCUGUAUGAACCCAACUGUUGGCAGCUUCACAAUCAACCCUCGACUCCAAAGACAUUUCGCAGUGUUUGCAAUGAACUUUCCAUCCACUGAUGCGUUAAGCACUAUCUAUAGCAAGAUCCUUGAUUUCCACUUCCAGCAGCAUGCCUUUAAUCCAUCAGUGUUAAAACAUGGGGUUUCUGUGAUCCAAGCAGCAAUAUGGCUUCACCAGUUAAUGGUUCAGAACUUUCUCCCCACAGCUAUUAAAUUCCAUUACAUUUUUAAUCUCCGAGACCUCUCCAACAUCUUCCAGGGGAUUCUGUUUGCUAAACCAGAAUGUCUAAAGCAUCCAAAUGAUCUUGUACGUCUAUGGUUUCAUGAGUCUUCUCGUGUUUAUGGAGAUAAAUUGGUGGAAGAAAAAGACUGCAGUUUCUUUCAUAAAAAAUUGGUUGACACUGCCCAUAAAUAUUUUGAGGGUGUAGAAGAUCAUAUUCUUCUCCAACAACCACUUAUUUACUGUCAUUUUGCAAAUGGGGUGGCAGACCCUAACUAUAUGCCUGUCAAGAAUUGGGACAUGCUGAGAAAGAUACUUGUGGAGACUCUUGAAAACUACAAUGAACUGAAUGCAUCAAUGAACUUAGUUUUAUUUGAAGAUGCCAUGCAACACGUCUGUCGUAUUAGUCGAAUCUUGGAAUCCUCUCGUGGUUAUGCACUUUUGGUUGGAGUAGGUGGCAGUGGCAAACAAAGCUUGUCAAGAUUGGCUGCAUUUAUUGGGUCUCUUGACGUGUUUCAGAUUACACUGAAGAAAGACUAUGGGAUUCAGGAUCUCAGGGUAGAUCUUGCUAAUCUGUACAUCAAGGCAGGAGCCAAGAACAUUCCCACUGUGUUUUUGCUGACAGAUGCUCAGGUUCCAGAUGAACGCUUUCUUGUGCUGAUUAAUGACUUGUUGGCAUCAGGAGAAAUUCCAGAUCUGUUCAGUGAUGAAGAUAUGGAUGCUAUAAUUGCAAGAAUUAGAAACGAGAUACAGGGACAUGGUCUUGUUGAUACCAGAGAAAACUGUUGGAAGGUUUUUUUAGACAGAGUACGACUCCAGCUAAAAAUAAUUUUGUGUUUCUCUCCUGUCGGUUCCACACUGAGAGUUAGAGCUCGGAAGUUCCCAGCCAUAGUUAACUGCACAGCUAUUGACUGGUUUCAUGAGUGGCCACAGGAGGCCCUGCAGUCUGUCAGCAGGAGGUUCAUUGAGGAGAUGCCUGCGAUUAAGCCACAGUUUUAUGACUCCAUUUGUCAAUUCAUGGCCUAUGCUCAUACUGGCAUGAAUGAGAUAAGUGCAAAGUUUCGUCAGAAUGAGAGACGGUACAACUAUACAACUCCAAAAAGCUUUUUGGAACAAAUUAUGCUAUACAAGAACCUUCUCGAAAAGAAUGUCCAGGAAAUAUCCCAGCAUAAAGAGCAUCUUAUAAAUGGCAUUCAGAAAUUGAAAACAACAUCUUCUCAGGUGGAGGACUUAAAAUACAAACUUGCCUCUCAAGAAGCAGAGCUGCAACUGAGAAAUCAAGAUGCUGAAGCUUUGAUUACUAAGAUAGGGCUUCAGACUGAGAAAGUGAGCAAGGAAAAGGCCAUUGCUGAUGCGGAGGAGCAAAAGGUAGCCACAAUCCAAGAAGAAGUAUCUUGUAAACAGAAAGAAUGUGAAGAUGACCUGAUGAAAGCUGAGCCUGCUCUGGUGGCUGCCACUGCUGCUUUAAAUACACUUAAUAAGGCAAAUGUUUUGGAAAUGAGAGCCUUCCCUAACCCGCCAACUGUAGUAGCAAACAUCUUAGCAGCAGUAAUGAUCCUAUUGGCGAAUAAAGGAAAGAUACCAAAAGACCGAAGCUGGAAAGCUGCUAAAAUCUUCAUGGGAAAGACUGAUGAAUUCUUGCAAGCUUUAAUUAACUAUGAUAAAGAGCAUAUCCCAGAGAAUUGCCUGAAAGUAGUCAAAGAACAGUACUUAAAAGAUCCAGAAUUCAGCCCAAACUUGGUUCGCAUUAAGUCAUUUGCAGCAGCUGGUCUCUGUGCCUGGGUUAUCAACAUCAUAAAAUACUAUGAGGUAUACUGCGAUGUGGAGCCAAAACGUCAAGCACUGACCCAAGCAAAUGCUGAACUUGCAGCAGCUACUGAGAAGCUGGAAGCCAUCAGGAAAAAACUUAGCGAACUGGCUCUCAAUCUGCAAAAACUCACCGCAUCAUUUGAAAAAGCAACAGCAGAGAAAGUUAGAUGUCAAGAAGAUGUUGAUCGAACCAACAAGACUAUUGAGUUAGCUAACAGGCUUGUUAAAGGACUUGAGUCUGAAAAGGUUCGCUGGAGCCACUCUAUUAAAGCAUUUGAAGCUCAAGAAUUAACGCUGUGUGGUGAUGUUCUGUUAACAGCAGCUUUUGUUUCAUACGUUGGACCUUUUACCAAACUAUAUCGUCAAGAGCUGGUAUACCAUAUGUGGUUUCCUUUCCUGAAAUCACAAAAAAUUCCCAUUCCAGUCAGUGAAGACAUAAACCUAACUGCCAUGUUGACUGAUGAUGCAAUGAUUGCGACAUGGAAUAAUGAAGGGCUGCCCAGUGAUAGAAUGUCAACAGAAAAUGCUGCUAUUUUCACCAACUGUGAACGCUGGCCGCUACUGAUAGAUCCCCAGCUACAAGGCAUCAAAUGGAUAAAGAACAAAUAUGGAACUGACCUUAAAAUCAUACAUCUAGAACAGAAAGGGUUCUUAAAAGCUAUUGAAAGAGCUUUGAUUUCUGGAGAUGCAAUCCUAAUUGAAAACUUGGAUGAAACAGUAGACCCUGUACUUGAUCCCCUACUUGGAAGAAACACUAUAAAAAAGGGAAAGUAUAUCAAGAUUGAAGACAAAGAAUGUGAAUUCAACAAGAAUUUCCGUCUCAUCCUUCACACUAAGCUGGCUAAUCCCCACUACAAACCAGAACUGCAAGCUCAGACCACUCUCAUUAAUUUCACAGUUACAAAGGAUGGGCUGGAGGACCAGCUGUUAGCGGAGGCUGUUAAUAUUGAGCGACCUGAUUUGGAGAGAGUUAAGUCUCUCUUGACAAAGCAACAGAAUGAAUUCAAGAUUCAGCUGAAGCACUUGGAGGAUGACCUGCUGUUUCGCCUUUCAGCUGCUGAGGGCAGUUUCUUGGGAGACACCGAACUGGUGGAGAAACUUGAGUCAACAAAAUCAACAGCUACAGAGAUAGAGCUCAAGGUAAUAGAAGCCAAAGAAAAUGAAGUUAAUAUUGAUGAAGCCAGAGAACGCUACAGGCCAGCAGCUGCAAGAGCAUCCCUUCUUUACUUUGUCAUUCAUGAUCUGAGCAAAAUCAACCCCAUGUAUCAGUUUUCAUUGAAGGCUUUCAACACUGUUUUUCAUAAAGCCAUUGAGCAAGCAGAGGCAUCAGAGGAUAUCCAGGGGCGUAUCUCCAACCUGAUAGAAGCUAUUACAUACUUCACCUUCCUUUAUGUAGGCCAAGGACUUUUUGAAAAAGACAAGCUGAUCUUUCUGAUCCAGACAACCUUUCAGAUUCUUUUGAGAAAUAAAGAGAUAGAACUCACUGAACUGAACUUCUUGCUGCGAUUCACAGUUGAACACAAUUAUAAAAGUCCUGUGGACUUCUUAACUACUCGGUCAUGGAGUGCCAUUAGGGCCAUUGCCCUAAUGGAUGAAUUCCGAGGAUUAGAUAGAGAUAUAGAAGGUUCUGCUAAGAGAUGGAAAAAAUGGGUGGACUCUGAAUGCCCAGAAAAGGAAAAACUUCCUCAGGAGUGGAAAAGCAAAAGUUCUUUUCAGAAGCUCAUCAUACUAAGAGCUCUACGCCCAGAUCGGAUGACCUACGCUCUCAGGAACUUUGUGGAAGAAAAGCUAGGCUCUAAGUAUGUAACUGAAACUAGGAUAGACUUGGCUAAAUCCUAUGAAGAAAGCAGCCCAGCCACUGCAGUAUUUUUCAUUCUCUCUCCUGGAAUUGACCCUCUUAAAGACUUGGAGAUGCUUGGCAAAAAACUUGGCUUCACAAUCGACUCUGGAAAAUUUUAUAACAUCUCUUUAGGACAAGGACAAGAAAUUGUUGCAGAAGAGGCAUUAAGGAAAGCUGCCAAGUACGGGCACUGGGUUAUUCUCCAAAAUAUACACCUUGUAGUCAAAUGGCUGGGGACCUUAGAAAAACUGUUGGAGGACUACAGCAAACAAAGUCACUCAGACUACCGUGUUUUUAUUAGUGCUGAACCAGCUCCAACUCCUGAAGAACACAUCAUACCUCAAGGGAUAUUAGAAAACUCUAUUAAAAUUAUUAAUGAACCGCCAACUGGAAUUUUAGCAAAUCUUCAUGCUGCUCUGUACAAUUUUGACCAGGAUACACUUGAAUUGUGUGCCAGGGAGCAGGAGUUUAAAAGUAUCUUCUUUUCCCUCUGCUACUUUCACACCUGUGUUGGUGGAAGACGCAAGUUUGGACCUCAAGGAUGGAAUCGAAGAUAUCCUUUUAAUGUGGGAGAUCUCACCAUCUGUGUUAAUGUCCUCUACAACUAUCUAGAGACAAACACUAAAGUUCCCUGGGAAGACUUGCGUUAUCUCUUUGGUGAGAUAAUGUACGGUGGACACAUCACUGAUGACUGGGACCGCAGACUCUGUCACACAUAUUUAGAAGAACUCAUGAGCCCUUCCUUGCUUGAAGGCGAUUUUACUUUGGCACAAGGCUUCUUGGCUCCUCCCAAUUUGGAUUACACAGGAUACCACAAGUACAUAGAUGAAACGCUGCCCCUUGAAAGCCCUGUACUCUAUGGUCUGCACCCUAAUGCCGAGAUAGAUUUCUUGACUGUACUAACUGAUAACCUUUUUAAGGCUAUCUUGGAAAUACAACCCAGAAAUGUGCUUGCUGGAGAGGUAGUAGGACAGUCAGCAGAAGAAAAGGUGAAGAAUGUCUUGGAUGAGAUUUUGGAGAAGUUGCCAGAGGAGUUUAACAUGGUUGACAUAAUACAGAAGUCUGCUGUUCGAAGUCCCUAUGUACUCGUUUGUUUCCAAGAAUGUGAGAGGAUGAACAUCCUAAUUCGAGAGAUAUGGAGGUCACUUAAGCAACUGGACCUUGGUCUGAAAGGGGAACUUACAUUUUCUCCUGCCAUGGAAGCUCUGCAAUCAGCCUUGUUUUUUGAUCUGGUGCCAGAUACAUGGACCAGACUGGCUUACCCAUCCACAUACAGCCUUCCACAAUGGUUUAAUGAUCUUCUCAUGCGAUGCAGAGAACUUGAUACUUGGACACAAGAUCUUGUGCUUCCUGCUGUAGUGUGGCUUUCUGGUUUCUUCAACCCUCAAUCCUUUUUGACUGCUGUUAUGCAAAGCAUGGCACGAAAGAACAACUGGUCUCUGGAUAAGAUGUGUCUAACAACAGAUGUUACCAAGAAAAGUAGAGAUGAUUAUGGUCACCCACCAAGGGAAGGAGCAUAUAUUUUUGGGCUUUUUAUGGAAGGAGCUAGAUGGGAUAUCCAAACAGGAGCCAUCACUGAAGCUCGUCUGAAGGAGCUGACUCCCAUCAUGCCAGUUAUCUUUGUAAGAGCAAUUCCAGUGGAUAAGCAAGAAACCAAGCACAUUUAUAAAUGCCCAGUAUAUAAAACUAAAAUUAGAGGGCCCACUUAUGUCUGGACUUUUAACCUCAAAAGCAAAGAAAAGCCAGCCAAGUGGGUGCUUGCAGGAGUAGCCUUGCUCCUAGCCGUUUAG